GAUGCGGAACAACCAAUAUCUAUUAAAAACGCAUUUGACUCAAAGGAGCGUGUUUUAAACAUUUUUCAAACUGGAUAUAAUAAAUACUGAAUAUAUUUAGUGGUAAAAAACAAAUUUGAUUGACAUUUAUAUUUUUUAAGUAUUGUGAGUGUUGGUGUGACUCUAUGGAGGUUUCGGUCAUUGGUGCUUUUAUAUGGACUGCAAUGCUGUCCUCCGUUGUGGGAUACAGACCAGUAAUUAUUGUUCACGGGAUUUUAGAUGGACCAAGACAGUUCGAGAUUUUGGCGAAAUAUAUCAAUGAGUCUCAUCCAGGUACCAAUGUGACCACAUUUGCUUUGUAUGACUACAUUGCCAGUUUGAAACCACUGUGGCAACAGGUGGAAGAUUACAGACAGGCCAUCAGUUCCAUCAUGCAGAGUGCAGACGGUGUCCAUCUCAUCUGCUUUUCACAAGGUGGUCUGAUAUGCCGUGGAGUUCUUGCAACUCUUCCCACACACAACGUUCACUCUCUGAUAUUCCUGGCUUCACCACUAGCUGGCCAGUACGGAGAUUCCUAUUAUCUGAGGUAUUUUUUCCCUAAAUUUAUCAAGACAAGGCUGUACCAUAUUUGUUAUACAGCAUGGGGACAAAAGAUAUCUGUCUGCAACUACUGGAAUGACCCACACCAAAGAGAGAGAUAUCUACAGAGCAGCAACUAUCUUGCCCCACUGAAUGGUGAAAUAGAGCAUGUCAACUUAACAGCGUGGCGAGACAGCUUCCUACGCAUACAUACCCUGGUCAUGAUUGGUGGAAACGAUGAUGGUGUUAUUACGCCAUGGCAGUCAAGUAUUUUUGGAUUUUACGACAGUAAUGAAACUGUGGUUGAGAUGGAAAAUCAGGACUAUUACCGAAAAGAUGCUUUCGGCCUGAAAACACUGGAUUCAAGAGGAGCCGUGGUGAAGUGUGUCGUUCCCGGUGUGUGGCAUACAUCCUGGCAUUCAAACCUCACGGUCUACCAGACCUGCAUUGACAAGUGGCUUACAUAAUCCACAGAGAACAACAACAAAGAACAGUUUUCUUGAACGCAUGAUCGUGUGUGUUUAGCUUGUCUUAGUAUUACACACUCCUGUUUUUAAUCAAAAUCAUCGCUUGUAUGGAUUGUAGUUAUUGUUAUAUACUGUCAUUCCCUUUGAUUUGCAAGCAGAAUGUAAUUUGUUAUGAACCGUUUAAGGAUUUUCUAAGAGCUGCUAUUGUGCUAUUGGAGUUUUAAUAAUAAAUGAAUAAAACAUAUUGGGUAAAAGCUGUGUGUUGUUAA